AAAUAAUCUCCGGAACACAAUAGAUGGUAGAAGACAGAAAAGUUAUGUUUGAGUCGAAGAAAGUGGGUCCUUCUUCUGAAGAUUACUGUUACGUUACGCCGGUGAAUCGUUCGUUAAGCAGCCAGCCGAAGUCUUCCUAAUUCAAUGGCAUCGUCUUCAUCCUGUCCCAUUCUUUGCGCUUCCUUCAACCAGGAUAAUAGUUGCUUUGCUAUUGGCACCAAAGAUGGUUUCAGAAUAUUUGAUACCAAUACAGGAAAGCUCUGUUAUGAAAGAGCUGUUGGAGGUUUCUCUAUUGUUGAGAUGCUGUUUACCUCAAGUCUUCUUGCUAUCGUUGGGGCUGGUGAUCAGCCAUCAUUGUCCCCUCGUCGUCUCUGCUUAUUCAAUACUACAACUGAAGCUCCUCUUAGAGAUUUGAACUUUCUUACUUCAAUUCUAGCUAUUCGCAUGAAUAAAAAACGACUCAUUGUCAUUUUACAAGACAAAGCAUAUGUAUAUGAAUUGAAUAGUCUUUCAAUCUUGGACACUUUUGACACCGUGCCAAAUAUUAAAGGACUUUGUGCUUUUUCCCCUUGUUUAGAUGCUUGCUACAUGGCUCUUCCUGCCAGCACCACGAAAGGAUCGGUAUUGUUGUACAAUGUCCUGGAUUGUAAUUUACACUGUGAGAUUGAGGCUCAUCGUUCACCGCUGGCUGCUAUGGUCUUUUCUUCUAAUGGAAUGUACAUAGCUACAGCAUCUGAGCAAGGAACCUUAGUCAGAGUUCAUUUGGUUUCAGAUGCAACAAAGCAGUCAUAUAGCUUCCGAAGGGGUUCAUAUUCAUCUACCAUAUUUUCUCUUUCAUUUGGGCCAUCAAAGCAGCUUCCAGAUAUUCUUGCAGCCACUAGUUCCUCUGGUUCUAUUCAUCUUUUCACUCUCGGAUUCGCUUCACAUCUGCGGAGCAAGAGAUCAAGUGGUUUUCUUGGAUCAAUAAUUCCUGAUGUUGUGAAUGAUGUGCUCGAUCCUGCUUAUCAUCACGUGCUUCAUAAUGCAGUUCCUGCAGGAGUCAAAAGCUCUGCAGUAGUUUGCAAGGUUGAAAAUGUUGUCGACACCUCCACCUCGCCAUCUGAACUUUUAGCUUGUAGGGUCAACAUGUGUGUGAUAACUUAUAAUGGCUACUUUCAAGAAUAUAACUUAAGUAUCGAUGCUCAGAAAUUGUCAUGGUCUUUAGGGCGUGAAACCAAUCUUUUAACUGUGACCAUGGAUAAGGUUCCAUAAAUAGGAAAGUAGUAGUUUUCACUGCCCCGUCUAUAACUACAAAGCUUGGGCAAUUACAUGCCACACUUGGUGAAACUUUCCAGAGCUACCAUUGCUACCAACAUCAAGUGCCUACUCAGAGAAACGUCCAAACUCAAUCCAGAGGCAUAUCUGCUUCCAACGUGAAUGUGAUAUGUGGAGGAAAUCAUGAUCCUAAAUUUCCUAUUGAUAUAGUAUAGAAAGGUAUCAAUGUAAAUUUAUUUUACAUUACUCCCCCAGAAUGUCAUGGGAGUGAUUGAUCUGGUCCUUACAUCGAAAAUACAUCUAAUUUGGAUCUUGUAAUAAAUUUAAGUGUACUAAAAUUGAUUAAACCGAUAAUUUAUUAAUGCUAACCAAUUAUUAAUUAUA